UUUAGCUCGUGUAUUUUAUUUUUCGACUAGUUCGGGUGGGGGUGAACCUUGACAUUCAGUUUUAAUCGUUCGUAUCGUUCAUUCGACCGUUUUUUCGCUACAUAUAUCGAGUGUGGGGGUCUCGGUCUCCGAAUCCCGUGGUUAAAGGCCAGAACAUUUCUACGGCGCUAAUUGUGACGUCCGGAGGUCGUGGUUUCACCCAGUAGACGCGCUCGCGUGCCGUCGCCAGUUUUCCGUGAUAAAUUACAGUGUCCGGUCGUCUUCUGCCCCUGAGCUUCGAAGGAGACUCGAGUUCGGCGCAGAGUUUAGUGCUUCUACGGAAUUUAUCAACGGAAAAUGAAGAUCUGGAACGUGGAGUACGUCUUCAACCAUCCAUGGGAAACGGUGGCCAAAGCAAUUUGGAGGAAAUACCCAAACCCCAUGAACCCUGCGGUGAUCGGCAUUGAUGUUGUCGACAGGAAAAUCGUCGACGGUGUUUUACACUCCCACAGAAUAGUCUCGAGCGAAUGGGGCUUUCCGAAGUGGGUCGAAUCGCUCAUAGGAACUGCUUCGGUUUGUUAUGCCAGCGAAUGGAGCGAAGUGGACAUUGAGAACAAACAGAUGACGUUGAAGACCAGAAACCUUACUUUUUGCAACUAUAUCGGGGUCGAGGAGACGGUGAAAUACUCACCUCAUCCGGAAAAUCCGGAAAACACGUUGCUGACACAGGAAGCUGUGGUCACCGUCAAGAGCGUCCCUCUUGGUCACUAUAUGGAGGAUAUGCUGACGUCUAAAAUCUCCGCCAAUGCCGGAAAGGGAAGACAGGCGAUCGAAUGGGUGAUUGGAAAGAUCGACGCGGAGGUAAAGGACCUGGCAAAUAACGCGGUGAAAUCUACGGACGAGCUGCUGGCACAGACGAAACGUCAGUUCGACGAUCUGACGGUGAAAACCCGGAAGAGUAUGGACGAACUGCAAACAGCUGCGAAAAAGUCAUUCGAUGAGAUUCAAAAUCUGACCGCACCACCGCCCCAAUCUAUACCGAAAUUAUAACUAAGAUUCUGGACUAGUUUCAAUCUUUUUAAUUGAAUCAAAAUUUACUUUCAUCCGCGCUGAAACCGCCUGCCACAGGCCUUCGACCAAAGAGUGGGAAAAACAAUCGAGGAGAUUAACCAAACGAUGAAAUAGUUUAAUGAAAAUAACGUGCAGUUUAAACGAGGGGAAAUAAAAAGAAGCAACUGAACGAAAAAAGUGACAUGUAACAACGUUUCUUUCUUUUGGUAAUUGAAACGCAACCCGUGACGUACAAGUCAAUAACAUAUAAUAGAGAAUUUAUGAAAUAUUGUAUUUAAACUCCACGCGGAAUAAAAACAGGUCCACCGAACUUUGCCUAAAACUUAUAAAAAGUGCGAGGUACACAGCGGAGAAAGGAAAAGUAAAACAAUGAAGAAAUAAAGAAGAAACGAAAAAUCGAACAAUUUAUUAUAAAUAAAUGUAAUAAAAUCGUUCCGUUAAAGUAAUUUAUCAUCAAUUUCUUUGGACACAAAAUCUCCAAAGAUUGUAGCUGUGCUUUAAUCUGAACGAAAAAUACCUAAAACAGAAAAAACUUUGUUCUUUGUCUAUAGUUUUUUUUUUUCUUUUUUCGUUUCGUCAUAUCAUUGAAAUUUGUGUAUAAAAGUUUUAACAGAGAUAGUAUCUAUCAGCAAGAACUACAAGAGAGAAAGAGAUAUCCCAAUCUUGCGCUUAUUAUACAUGCCUAUAUUGUAUUACAUAUAUAUAUGUUAAAUAAUUAUACAGAUAGGCGAGAAAUAUACAAGAAUCUAGUGAUUAAUUUUAAUUCAUUGUUAUUAAACGUAAUAGGUAGUUUAUAAAUAAACUAAUCAACCACGUAAUUGAUAUGUGGAUCAAUUGAUUUAUUGUAAUUAGAAAAA